AUGGAGGAGCAAAACGUAGAAGUUAUGUUUUUCAUUAGGCUUACCACUCACGUGGAAAACUCUCCUGCAAAACAGAAAUCUGUAGAAAUAGCUGUUGAAGAGCUCACUAAGGAAGUCCAGAAUAGGGAGAAGAAGGAUACAUCUAGUGUAGAAGUACAGACGGAUGAAUAUGCUACAUGGUCGGAAACAGAUUAUUACUACUAUGAGAAUUAUUACAACACCGACACUCAAGAUUGUGCAUCUGAGCUACCAGUGCAGCACAAUCGUGGGACUGAAGACACUGAGCAUACCGUGGCGGAAGAAUCACAGGCAGCUGGGAGCAUUCCUUUAGAGGUGGAUAGCACUGAAGUUGCUGAAUGUGGAAAAGAGGAAAACUUCAUCCAGAGUUUACAGGAAGCAGAAGAUACAUCAGUACCAGAGGGCUCGUUGGCAGAGAGCUUGAGAGCUGCUGCAGAAGCUGCUGUUUCACAGACUGGUUUUAUUUAUGAUGAAAAUACAGGAUUGUAUUAUGACCAUAGCACUGGAUUCUAUUAUAAUUCGGAAAAUCAACUGUAUUAUGAUCCAGCAACUGGAAUUUAUUAUUAUUGUGAUGUGGAAAGUGGCCGAUACCAGUUUCAUUCACGAGUGGAUCUGCAGUCUUAUCAGACUUCUGGUACUCACCAUGCCAAGGAUAAAAAAGGGAAGAAGAAAAGAAAAGAUCCCGAGUGGAGUACCUCAAAUGAUUUUAAGGUACGUCAGUUGACAGAAACCAUGGCUAAUCUGAAGAUUUCUUCUUUUGGAUUGGCUGCUUCUGGUGAAGAUGAAGAAAAAAUAUGGCCUCCUUGUAUCAGAGUAAUUGUAAUUAGAUCUCCAGUACUACAGACUGGAUCACUUCAUAUUAUCACAGCUGUGAAACCUGCUACAAUUGGAAGAGAAAAAGAUGUUGGACAUACACUUCAGAUUCCUGAAGUUGGAGUCAGUAAGUUCCAUGCAGAAGUAUAAUUUGACCACGAUUUGCAAAAUUAUGUCCUUGUGGAUCAAGGGAGUCAGAAUGGAACAGUUGUUAAUGGCAAUCAGAUUCUCCAGCCCAAAACAAAAUGUGAUCCCUACAUCUUGGAGCAUGGAGAUGAAGUGAAGAUUGGUGAAACUGUACUUUCUUUUCAUAUACAUCCUGGCAGUGAUACUUGUGAUGGCUGUGAACCAGGGCAAGUCAGAGCACAUCUUCGCCUGGAUAAGAAAAAGGAAUCAUCUGUUUUCCCAGCACUUAGCAAAGAAGAGAGAGAGUUAGUCAGAAGAAAAGCAUUAAAACAAAUAUGGGUGAAAUACGGUUUACAGAACACAGAGUAUGAAAACAACAAAGCAGUGAAGAAUCCAAAGUACAAAGACAGAGCAGGAAAACGCAGAGAGACUGUUGGAAGUGAAGGAACUUUCCAGAGAGAUGAUACUCCAGCUUCUGUCCAUACUGAAAUCAGCAACAGCAAUAAAGGACAUCAAAUGUUGGAGAAGAUGGGAUGGAAGAAAGGGGAAGGCCUGGGCAAAGACGGUGGUGGUAUGAAGGAUCCGAUUCACCUUCAGUUACAUAAGACACAUGCAGGUUUGGGUACAAGUAAACCAGCUUCAAUCGAAGAUGUUCAGAUCAUCCAGAGCAAGAAUAAAAAGAACUGGGAUAAAGCAAGAGAAAGGUUUGCUGUAAACUUCCAAGAGACUAAAACACAAAAAGAUACACCUAAGGUCAUGCCUUGGGUUAGAGGAACUGCAGAAUAAAAGUGACUGUCCCAUAGCAGGGUAAUUCCUCUGUGUAAAUAGUUGGGAGAGAAUUUAUUUUUAUUCAUUUUUUUUUUUCCUUUUUUCUUAUGCUAAAGCAGAAGUUUGGUGAUACGUAACAUACCCUUGUGAAAAACCUCUUCAAGGUUAACUCCAGUUAUGUUCAUGGGUUUUCUGUAGUCUUCACGCUUUUAUAAAAUUACAUUUUUAGUAAGAAAUGAAAAUUUAGAGGGAUAUUCAAAAGUACUUGAGAGUGAUUCUAUCAUGAGCAGGAAUUUUCUUCAAUUGUGUUUAACAUAGUACUUCAUGGAACGUCAAGUGAAAUACUUGUUACAUUUAAACUUAAAAACAAUAC